AUCCCCUCGUUUCUUAUUGACAAGCAGUCGAACGAAAGUCCAUCAAAACAAUCAUUCCGCAUUCAUUCGAUUUCUUUCCUCCAAAAUAAUUUAAAACGGGUUUUGUCAUCAAUUCCACCGCAAUUUAUCGUUCCUAAUGAAGAAAACUGUUCGUUAAUAAGUGUACUUUGCUGCCAACCACCAGCCAUGAUCCUGUCGCACUUUAUCGAAAAGCUAAAGGUGGGGAAGAAGUUCGUUCUGCUGGAUUUGAUUGUCCACCCGGACUGCCAGCGCCCUUGGGACACAGUCGGAUCAGAAAACAAAUUCAUCCCGGUGGAAGUGUGGAAACUGAUUUACCAGAAGCUGUCCAGCAUCUGCCGGAAGCAGUUUGCGGAGAGGGCGAAAUCGGAGGAUACCAAAUGCGAACUGGACAAGGAGUACGAGUGCCGGCUGGACGGCAAACCGAACUACCUGUUGAGGUACGAGUUCCGGGAUGAGAAUGCUCGGUCGCAUCUGAACGUGGUGUUCAACGAUGACGAGCAAAAGUUGCACCGGGAGUGUCUGGUGGUUCAGAUUUCGGACCAAACGAAGGCUCUGUACGACGAGCUGCAGGACAAGAGGAAAAUCGUGGAAAGGCUACAGAAAGAGAAUAAGAAACUGAAGGAGAUGCCAUCGCAAAGUCAGCAGAGUCAGGAGUAUACUCCGGUUCCGAUAAAGAAGUCCAGUUCUUCGUCCAGCACUUCGGUAGAAUAUGUUCCAACGGCAAUCAAUGGCAAAUCGCCGGCGUAUUCGUCCAGUUAUAAGGCCCGCAAGAUUGAAGAGACUGCCAAGCUGGAACCGGACCCCUACACACCUACUUCCAGCCAGGAUUCUAAUCCGGAAAAGCCCGCUUACGUUCCCACAAGCCUUUACACUCCGAUCAGAACAGGGGCGACCUUAAAAUCUUCAGACCCUAGUUCCGUUGAAGGUACGACUGUCGGGAAAAGGCGUCGACGCGAGAAGGACAUGAUGCUGUUCGGAACAGACGACGAAGAGGACGAUGUUCAAUCGCCACGCAAAAUCGUCAAAGAGGAACCGGCACUGAAUCGCAGCGAUGAGGAUAUGUUCAGUCCAGAUCACUCGCCCAAAGUUCGCGAUAUGAUGCGGAGUAGCACCGAAGAGCUCGCUGGAGGUGAUUGCAAGCGUACGCAAUUGCCACGAAAAACCAAAGUCGGAGUCAGUUACAGUGGGCUGAUGAGCCCUGAUGAAAAAACUACUUCCCCUGCGGCAGUCCAAACGGUGACCAAACGUCGUCGCAAAGACGAAGAGUACACUCCCUCGAGCAGCGCCGUCAAAGGAACGGUUGAUGGGUGGUUGUCUAGUCGUAAGAAGGACGAAAGCUCCCAGCCCUCUAAGGAUAAGGAGGGCGAUAAGCGUCGAGCGGCGAAGAAGCCCAAGGAUGAAACGCCAUCCAUUGCACCGAUUCGUGUCGAUCAUGAUAAGCUAAAGGAAGAAGGGGAAGUCUUGCGCAAAAAGAUUGCUGAUUUUGAUCAGCUCGAUAAGAUACUUCCCGAGGAUAAGACUUUGCUGAAUAUUCCUGUUUGGAACUGCCAUAAGAUGUCGAACAGUGAAAUCACUGCAACAUUCCAAAACCAUCGGGACUACCUGGUGCGAAUCUACGAUCAGUACAAGGACAAAACGAAAGGCGAACUGCACGAUUCGGACCUGUGCAACUUCACCGAUGUGACGAGCGUGCUGACCGAUGAGCAGACCUAUGCCAUGAUAAAGUGCCUUGAGAAGGAGCUGAACCCGGAGGAUCAGCGUGGAAUGUAUACGGAGUUCUUCGCUUCGACGCUGAUCAUGGAGUGGGGACUGCACAUUUGGAUGGACCUGUACAAGUACGACGAUCGGAAGAAAGCGCUCGAACGCAUCAAACUCCAGGAGGAGGCCAACCCGUUGGAUCUGACGCCAACUACGCUGAACUCGAUGAUGGGCAGUCGGAGCCGGAAGCGAUGAGUCGUCAGCAUUUAACAGCCUGUAGCAGUAUGCCUUAUUCAAAACAGAUGUUUCUCGUUUAUAUUGUUUUACGCAUUUUCUUGAAUCGAUCGAUCAAUUGUUUGUCGUUAUAGCUGAGACUGAGUUCGUUUCGGAUACGCCGGUAACUAGCGUUAAAUUUGGAAAUAGUUUACACAAUACAGAAGGUAAUAUUUCAUUUUUAA